AUGGCUGUACCUGCUGCACGUCAAGCUCUGCUGCCCGAGCCUUCAAACCUAGCCAUCUUUCCGACAUCAUCGCCUCCCAUCCUCGCUCUGCCUGCAAGCCACUGCCUCUCCAAUCCCCGCAGCUCGAUUCGCACAAUCGUCGGAGCCUCACCGAACAAGCUUCGUCUGCCGCAGCUCUCAUCCGACGCGAUCAUAUGCAUACCUGAUCGACAUUGCUUCCGAGCGGACCUCCGUCGUGCAGAUCCACGCGGCCUGCACCGAAGUCGAGACGGCCAAGGCCAUCCUGGACCCGCUCCUGUUGUAUACCCCACUCUUGCCCUGGAAUUGCCUCGCGGAGAGUCAAUAGUCAAGACCAUCAUCGCGCCCGCCAAGACCUUACAAGAGCCUACAGUACUGACUACCAACUCUCUGUCUCUCUUCCCUUCUCCUCCUCUGAUCUCUUCGCUGCGUACUCGCUUCGCAUACUCGCAUGACCUCGCCAUACCGAACGUCUCACCUCCAUUGCCACCGUCUGCUGAUCCAUCGACUCAACGUGGUUCUUGCCCAUUCCUCUCGGCAUGUGCGGCGGCUUCCAUCGCUUCGUUGGUGCUCCUUGCAUCCGGCUCACACGCGACCCCUCGCUUGACACCUUGCGACUCGCGUUUGACAUCGGGCCCGAUCUUCAUCCAAUUUUACGCGUCUUCCGUAUAUCGAUCGGCGAUUUCCAAUUUUCGACAUUUUUCGACUCUGUCGCUGCGCCCGCUCCGCCUCGCCCCUUGCCUGGCAUGUCGACCUGCACUCGCACCCCUUGCCGAUCUUCGAUUUGGACCCGACACCGCGGCGUAA